UGUUCAGAGGGAGGGCUGACUUUUCUCUGCACAGACUUCGUUUGUGGGUCAACCCGUGCUUCCUGCUAGAGUGGGCGCUUUUUUCUAACUCAUAUAAAAGUACUUGGGAGCACCCUCCACACGCACACGCAGACCUCCCAGCCCAACAGAGACUGAACUGCAAAAUCUAAAAGAUGGAUUCUCUGUCCCUCUGUAGAAAACGCCAGUCACCCAAGCUCGGGAGCAUCCGCACACGUAUCUGCUGAAGCGUCCGUCAUUGAGGAGGGUCCUCCUCCUCCUCCGGAAUGUCCACUUGGCAAAGCAGGAACCUCUGCCCAUAUUUCACACUCCCAGGGCGACGCCUGGUCACUACCGAACGGAUGAGUCAAUGACGGGCACCCGGCGGGGCAGGUAGGGUCAUCUCUUUUGCACAUGGGGCCAGGAGGCUCCAGAGAGCCCACAGGGGCUGGGCAGAGGGUCCCAACUGUCUCCAGUGGCCCCAGGACCCGAGCCCAGGUCUUCCCACUAAGGAGAGUGCACCCCUCCUUAAACCAGCUGUGUGACUUCACGAGGGCCACUGUCCCUCCUCUGCCUCUACGGGUCCAGCCUGCCUCCCCCGCGGGCUGCUGAGAGGACUCAGAGGCACCAGGUGGGCUUGGUCCCGUCUGGACGCACUUAUGUUCAUUACCGGGGCCUCCCACGGGCCAGGCCACCCCAGCCCCAGCCCCAGCCCCAGCCCGUGUCUCUGUUUAAAUAUUAACUUAAUCUUCACAACAACCUUUCAAAUCAGGGACAUUGCCGCCCCAUUCACAGGUGGGACGCUGAGGCCCAGAGGGGGGAUGUCGCUGGUCCCAUCUUGCGUGAGUAGCAAGGGGUGGAGCUGGGAUCCAAUCAGGCCCUGGGUUCCCAGGCCCCAGGCCAAGCUGCCGAAGGUUCCAGAAACCAAGAGGGCCAAACGGUCCCCGAGGGCCGCAGCCAGAGUCUCAGGGAGACGCUCAGGACUGCAGACAACUCGGGGACCCCGGCUCAGCACCGAGUGUCACCAGCCCUCCGUGGGGAACAGCCCACCCCAACCACGGCAGAGGCCACCAGCUCCUGCACAGAGCAGGGGGUGGCCAGAGCCAUCCUCUGGUCAGCGGCCACAGCCAAGCUCGCUCGGCCAGAGCAGAGGGAGCCCCGCGUGUCCCCAGGGCUCCGGGCAGAGGGAGCCUGGACCCUGGCUGCCACCCCCCCUCCCUGGGGAGGCUGCAGACCACCUCUGCAAAUGGCUUUCACAAGUCAGUCAGCGGCCAUCAAUUAUUCAGGACCCCGCUGCCCACAGACCCCCAGCCUGUCGCUGUCCGCAGGAUGACGUCGGGACCCUGCCCAGCAGCCCUGGUCUGAGCUGCCAGGGGCCACGGCUGGUUUCCUCCCUCCUCCCUCACUCCCAGAGCCCACCCAGCCCCGCCAGCCCAGCCCUGGACCAGCUCCCGCUGGGUGACUCCCCGGGGUCCCGGGGCAGAGCGUCUGGCCUCAGCAAAGUCCAGCCGGGAAACCCAGCUGAGCCCCCCAGACCCUCCGCCAGGCUGGGGACGUGUCCGCGCUGUUUUAUCAAAGGCUCUAGGACCUGGGGUGCUGUAAGGCGCAGGUCUGGGGGUUGGCCCAGAAUGCUGUCGCUCAGCCAAGUUCAUGGUCAGAGGCGUUGGGAACGUGGCAGGGUUUCUGAGACCACCAGUAGCUGGAAAAACUGAGGCUGUCCCCAGGAACACGUUCCCACGUCCCGGGGAGGGGCCUGUGGGGGGCUGAGGACCAGGUCUGCAGCUUAGACCAGCAGACCCCCCGCGAGCCCACAUCUGUGAAAUGGGGGCACCCCAGGAACCCCCCAGCCCGGGCUGCAGGAGUGGGUCGGUACCUCAGUACCCUGCCAGGCUCUUCCCGGACACUGUGGCCUCUCCUGAACGCUAAGUUCUGUCCCGUGGGGGACGCAUCACCCGUCCAGUGAGUUCUGGGGCCCAAGGGCGUGCCCCGGGAGAUUCGGCAAACACACCUCAAUUGCAAAAUUCAUCCCAGGUUUGAGAAAUAUUAUUUACUAAGUUAAAAAAAAAAAAAGUGCAUCUUCCCAUGAAGUCAGUUAUCCCUAUCAGCAUUAUUACAACGACUGAUACUUUUAGGUGAAGAAAAUGGGUACAGAGACGCCAUGUGAGCAAGUGGAGGUUGCACAGCUAUGCAGGGCUCAGCGGGGAACAGAAUCCAGGGCCACCCACUCUUUCCAGAGGGAGGAAGGGGAGCAAGCGGCGGUGUCAGUCCCCAACUUCCCCUUGUCCAGUCCUCUUCCUCCUCCUCCUGCCAGGACCGGCGCUGAUAAUAAUAGUACACGCUUAAUGGUGAUUAAUACGUGCGCGGGGUGGGCCCUGCACUAAGUGGUCUGUAUACAUCAACCCGCUCCUUUCUCCCACCACCCUCUCUCGGACUCAGGCACAGUUGUCCUCCCCAUUUUGCAGAUGAAGAAGCUGAGGCACAGAGACUGCAUAACUUGCCUAAAGUCACACAGCUGGAGCCCAGCCACGGGGAUCACCUAGGCAUGGAGAACAGGAGGCCCUGAAAUGAUCCGGAGCACAGGUCCCAGCUGGAAGGAAGACAGACGUGCAACCAGGGCUCAGAUGGCCCCAGGUGCUCAGGCACAGGGACAAGAAUCCCUCAGGCGGGAUGUGAGUCUGUCAGACCUUUAGCGAAAGACUAGGCGAGAGGGAAGGGGCGGGGCCAGCAGCUGGGAGAGGGGCCCUCCCUGAUUCACCCAGAUCCAGCUGAUCCUGAAUCCCAUGGAGACGACUCAGCAUUGGGUGACGUGCUGGUGAAGAGCAUGGGUUCUGUGCCAGGCCGGGUGAGACGGCAGAUCUGUCCCUCACCAGCUGGGCAAUCUUGGGGCAGUAACUUCCCCUCUCUGUGCCUCACUUCCUCUACCCACAAGACAGCGAUUUCGACAAUGCCCACAACACAGGGUGCUGGUAGCAUAAAACACAAAACACUUGGCAUGCAGUCAAGGCUUAAUAAAGGCAGCUGCUAUUGCUGUUAUGUACCCUCAUCCACAGGAACAAAGAAUAAACUGAAAAGGUACCGUCCGUAAGGCUGAGCAGCUGACGGGAAAGUGCAUCCCAAGACUCGAGGCCUGGCUCGAGAAAAAUCUUUGGCCCCUGGUCUUAAAACGUCAUUCCUGAAGUGGGCUCCAUAGCUCCUGCUUUUAGGGCCCUUCCUCAUCUGAGCACCACUUAAUGAGCACCUACUAAGUGCUGCUCAUGCACAGGGAAGACCCCAGGGAGAUCAAUGGACCCACGGCCGGCUCUGGUGGGAAAGGGGGUCCUGCUAAGGGCUAGAAAGAGCGGCAUCAGCCCCCAGACAGAGGGCAGGGCGGGGCACACCCGAGGGACCACCUGUAGUGGGGAGGUGGGAAAUGAUCUUGAUCACAGGUCCUAGCUGGGAGGAAGACAGAUGUGCAACCAGGGCUCAGGCGGCCCCACGUGUGCACACACACGGGGACAAGAAUCCCUCAGCCAUUUUAAAGACAGCUAGGCAGGAGCCUACCUGUCCCAACAGCAUGAAACUAGUGGCCUCUCCUGCUACCCAUGGGUCCCUGGACUGUAGUCAUCAUAGCAGAAGCACUGGCUACGGCUGGAGGGAGGGGACACGCAGCCUAUUCCAGACUUUCACCCUAAGAGGAGCUGAGUCAAUACUCUGCACUAUUGGCUCACGAAGAAUUUCAUGGGUCAAUACGACCGUGUUUGCUUCCUGUUUCAUAGAUUCCUGCCUUUUUAAAAUUCUCAAUGAUCUUUUUAACAAAUAAAAAUGGGCCUGCCAAUCCCUUCAGUCUUCUCUGUUGAAUACCCAAAGCUAAAGUGCCUUCGAAACAGGCUAUCAAUUGGCCUCCGGGCCCAGCAUUGGCCUUACCUCUCGGGUCCUACGGGGGAUUCUCAUUUCCAUUAAACACUGAGUAAUCUGCAAUGUCCAACCUAAUUUCUUCUCUGACCUAAGAGUGAUGUAGAAGGGUUCUCUCGGGUUAGCUUUCUAUGUGAGGAGCUUGUAGAGGUUAAAUUUUAACCCGUCUCCCUGUUUUCUGAAGGAGGCCUGGAAGAGCCCUACGUUGGAAAUCUAGGAGCUUUUUGUUUGUUUGUUUGUUUGUUUGUUUACACAUUUGCUCAUUUGUUGUCUGAGAUCAAGUUAAGCAUGGAUUUCAAUGAGGCCAUCUUAAAGCAUCCAGAGAGCAGUCUUGAUAAGGACGACGCCCCUAGAGCACAGGCGCACACGCGCACACGCGUACACACACGUGCACGCACACACACACACCCCCUUGGUAAAAAGUCCCAAGGAAUACUUACAAUCAUAAUGUUUAGUAAACAAACAAUCAAGCUGCAGGGGGGACCUUACAACCAGAAUCCAGGGUCCAGCGCCUCACGUCUAGGAAUCCCAGACCCUGGGCUCAGAACCCAGGGUGGCACUGCGGCUCAGCAGCCCUGUUUUAAAAACUAAAACGAAGCGUCCCGAGACAGCGUCAAAUAUAGCAGAUUCUGGCUGCCACUGGGUCUCGAGGCCACUAGCCCUUCCAGCACAUAAUCCAAACUUCAUCCAAAAGAAAUACCGCGACCGCCGCCAGCCGCCUUCUCCGGUGACAGCUGGAGUCUGCUCACUGCUCAGGGCAGAGCCCAAGGACAGGCGCGCGACACAGCCAGACUUCAGUGCUGGCCAGGCGGGUGGCCGGGGGGGGGGGCUGUGCUGAUGUGACUCUGUGACAGGCUCCAGAAGGAACGCGAAGUCCCUUUCCCAGCCAGUGCCAAGAGAACCUGGAAGCCGAGGGGCUCCUAGAGCCUCCUGACCUCCUGCUCCCGGGGCUGUUGGUGGCUGGGCCCGCAGAGGUGGGGCGGCAAGUGGAGAAGGGCCAAGUCAGAGCCAGAUGCAGGACCCUGUGUGCUAAGCGGCGCUGACAAGGUGCAGGAAGGCAGCUCCUCAGGGGUCUCCUGCGCUCACACUGUGGCCCUGCACGCAACGUCCACAGUCCCCCAGGGGACAUCUCAGCCCAGCGUCUGGAUGUAGAAUGACGCAUGCACUGAGGGCGCGAGGGCCGAGCGGGGCUGUGAGGCUGUGUUCAUCUGCUUCCCAGCAAGAAAACCAGAGGAGCCGGAGAUAAACAGACGCCAAUCAAACCAGGAAGUGACAGGGUCUGGGGGGAGCCUCAUUCUGCCAGCCCUGUUUUGUGCAUCGAGAUAAGAGCCCUUUGGACAAGAUGGCUCUGGGUAUGAGACAUCAGAGGACGGCACGGAUCCCAAAGGCAACGAGAGCAGUUACCAUCGGGCAGCUCCUGGCAUCCUCCAAGAAACCGAAAUGGAGGAACAGCCAUCCACCCGGGAACGCGUCCCGGGUCCGAGGAUUCUCCCAUCUGCCAGACAGAGGACAGCGUCCCCAAGCUCCCCGCCCUAGCAGGAAAGGUGAGGCUCCCAACUGCAAAUGCAACUGCCCCAUCAACGGCUGAAAACCAGGGUCAAAACACUUCUGCUCCCGUGGGGAAGCCCAGCAGAAGUGUGUGCCACAGGUCACCAACAGACACGCACAGGAGUGGCCACCGCGACGCUACGCAGGGUGGCCCCAAACCGGGAACUUCCACGUGUGCCCAGAGCAGGAUCGAGAUGUCCACUGUGCUGCCUCCCAGCGGGACAGCAGUGCCUGGGGACAGUCCCACAGUCCCAGGACCCCUGCAGACACCAGGCCAGCACACUUUCCUAGAAAGUCUGGAGAGUGCGUGUUUUAAGUUCCGCAGGCCAGUCUCCGGCUCCACUGAGCCACGGUGGCGCCAAACGAGUCACGGCCAGCCUGGAAGGGCACCCACGGGACAGCGUUCCAAUAAAGCUUUAUUGGUAGACACA